GAAGAAGAACUCACGACGAGAAAAACGUGAGUAAUGGAGGACGAUGUUUUCAGUUUCCGGCAGCCGCUCCUUCCGCCGGAACUCGACGGAGAAGAUCAGAAAAACUUUCCGAAGCUGUCCUCCGUCGUCCUCCAAUCGUCGAAUCACGAAGGCGACGAUAUUCCCCCAAUCUCCGGCUUGCGCAGUCUCUGCAAGGAGUUGACCAGAGAAUCGAAGAAGCUUUGGUACUUGGCCGGUCCGGCCAUAUUCACCUCCAUAUCGCAGUACUCGCUCGGAGCCAUAACUCAGACCUUCGCCGGCCACGUCGGAGACGUAGAACUCGCCGCUUUCUCCAUAGAGAACUCUGUAAUCGCCGGAUUGUCGUUAGGCGUCACGUUGGGGAUGGGGAGCGCUCUGGAAACGCUCUGCGGUCAGGCGUACGGCGCCGGAGAGGCGGAGAUGCUCGGCGUGUAUUUACAGAGGUCGUGGGUGAUUCUUCUCAGCACCGCCUCUCUGCUGACGUCGCUCUACGUCUUCGCGACGCCAUUUCUGCUGCUAAUCGGACAGGAGGAGGAGAUAUCGCGACUCGCCGGAAAAUUCUCCGUGUGGAUGAUUCCUCAGCUGUACGCGUACGCGCUGAACUUCCCGAUCGCGAAGUUCCUGCAGGCGCAGAGCAGAAUCGCGGUGAUGGCGUGGAUAUCGGCGUCGGCGUUGGUGAUUCACGCGGUUUUGAGCUGGAUUGUGAUGUUGAGGUUAGGGAUGGGAAUGGCGGGAGGCGCGGUGGUGCUGAACGCGUCGUGGUGGUACAUAGUGGUGGCGCAGCUGGUGUACAUAUGGACCGGCCGUUGUGGACCGGCCUGGACCGGGUUUAGUUCUAGAGCAUUCCAGAAUCUUCGGGAUUUUGUGAGAUUAUCUCUGGCUUCCGCCGUUAUGCUCUGUCUCGAGACGUGGUACUUCAUGGCGCUGAUUUUAUUUGCUGGAUAUUUGAGGAAUGCUCAAGUUUCAGUCGAUGCUCUUUCCAUAUGUGCAAACAUAUUAGGAUGGACGCUCAUGGUAGCCAUUGGAUUCAAUGCAGCUAUAAGUGUAAGAGUGUCGAAUGAACUGGGCGCAAUUCAUCCAAGAACAGCAAAGUUCUCCGUAUUGGUGGUGGUGAUGACUUCCUUCGUCACGGGCUUGAUUAUCGCCGGUUUCCUUCUCAUCUUCCGGAGACAAUAUCCUUCCUUAUUUACAGACAGCCCAGAAGUCAAAAAAGUUGUGGAUACCCUCACACCUUUGCUUGCAUUCAGUAUUGUGAUCAACAAUGUCCAACCAGCUCUUUCAGGUGUGGCCAUUGGAGCUGGAUGGCAAGCUUUGGUUGCCUAUGUUAAUGUGGCUUGCUACUACUUGUUUGGCAUACCUUUGGGCCUCAUUAUGGGGUUUACACUCAAAAUGGAUGUCUCAGGUAUUUGGUAUGGAAUGCUGGCAGGAACAAUGCUACAAACUCUGAUUCUCUUCUGGAUUGUUUAUAGAACAAACUGGGAUACAGAAGCUUCGGCUGCAGCACUGAGGAUCAAAGUGUGGGGUGGAGAUCUACAUGUCCAAUCAAACACCAUUGGGUAGUAAAAGUGUGUUCUUUUGGAUUGCUUUUUGAGUUUUUUGGAUUUCAAUUUUUUGAAGGAAUAAUAAGGGUUUGUUAUUUUCAGUGUUUUGAUGAGUUUCAAAGUUAGCAGAAAUAUAAUAUAAGCAAGUGAUCACAG